AAGACAAGAAGAAGAAAGGCUAGCAGCGAAGCCGCCUGCAUCAUCCGCCGACGGAGCCUGGAGGAACCGAGCAGGAGAACCGGAGAAAAAUGGCGUUCACAUUCGCGGCCUUUUGUUACAUGCUCGCUUUGCUGCUCACGGCGGCGCUUAUCUUUUUCGCUAUUUGGCAUAUUAUAGCAUUUGAUGAGCUGAAGACUGACUACAAGAACCCUAUAGAUCAAUGUAACACUUUAAAUCCGACAAUUGAAAAGGUCAAAAAGAUUAAAAGAGUCAAAAUUGCAUUAAAGCUGGUGCUGCCAGAGUAUCUCAUCCAUUUCUUCUUUUGUGUGAUGUUUCUGUGCGCUGCUGAGUGGCUCACCCUCUUCCUCAACCUGCCGCUGCUGGCGUAUCACGUCUGGAGGUAUGUGAGCAGACCUGUGAUGAGCUGCCCAGGCCUCUACGACCCAACCACCAUCAUGAAUGCUGACAUCCUAGCCUAUUGUCAAAAAGAAGGAUGGUGCAAACUGGCUUUCUACCUGUUGUCAUUCUUCUACUAUCUCUAUGGAAUGAUCUAUGUUCUGGUGAGCUCCUAAAGAGGUCAGGAGGAUCUGCCCCUACAGUAAUGACCAGACACUAUGAUCCAAGUGCUGGAACACUGGACCUGCUGGAGACCACUGAUGAGCAACACCAGUCAUUUCAAGUGGACGAGAGCCCCCACCCCCCCACCACCAUCACCCACUCACAGUGCAGAGAGUCAUUGGGAAACUGUUAGCCUCUAAAAACUGUCGGCUGCAGCAUUUCCUUUCAAAUGCCACAGACAAAAAUCUGGAAUCGCAGACAAGUUUCUGUUUCCCCUUUUUGUUUUUGGUAUAUUUUUUUUAAUGUUUGGUUUGGAUAAAAUUAGUUUUCCAUUUGAGCUGGGAAUCUAUUCUGCUUGUUUGUUUUUUCAUGUAUAAUUUUGAAGUUUAACAGCUGCUGUUCUCAGACUGCCUGGUUUAUUAUCUAUAAGAUCGUAGCUGAAGAAGUGAUGAAAUAACAGAAAAGAUAUCCAACAGUCUUGUUUUUUUUAUUAAAACUUUAAAUAUUUCAACUCCACCAUGUUCUCCAUGUCCGAUGUUUAGUUUCAUCACUUUGAAUCCAGAAAGGUUAAACGAGUUCAAGUGGUUUCUGUUGUAAAUUUCUCCUUGUUGCUCAGUUGAGCAAAAGGUGGAUUUAACCGUGAAGUUCUUCUGCUCAGAGAGUCAUAGCGCUUCAGUAGCUAGCAGCAGAUGUGCCAUACUGGUGACUGUAUAUUCUUUUUGUUUGAACAUAAAUAGUCCUCAUUGUUAGCAUCUCUGGUCUAUUUAUUGAUCUCUGGAUUAUUUUUUUUUCUACCCUUUGUGACGUCAAGCACUCCUGAAAUGUGACUCAUCUCCACCAAACAUGAUUUAGUCCAGUAAAGAUAAUUUAGCUCAACUUUUCACUGGUUUGGGAAUAAGUUUUACAGGCAUUUAUAUGCAUCAUACCUUUGUUUGAUUUAAGAAAAAUAUUUGAAUCUACAAUAAACUCCUAUUAUCAAA